AUGUUAUACUUAUUAAUCCUAUUUUACUUUCACCUUGUAAAUGGUGCCUAUGUUGUAAGAGUUUUGACUACCUAUUCUUCAUGUUCCACCAUUUACAAUGAUCCAAGUCCUACAAGUUUUACUAUCCCGACUUUUACUGUAACAAACCUAAUUACCAAAACCAACCCAGUAAGUAUCGGCAAUCCUAUCUUCACCCCAAUUUCCAACUCCAUUAAUGCCGCAACGAUCGUUCAAGAUAAAACGGUGGUAGUGACAGUGCCAUGUACAACGUCAUCUACAUAUGUAAGCCCCAAGUCUACAGCUAUUUUUAUUGAAACAACAUCCACUUUCACUUUCGCUGAAACCAUCACCUCAAUUGAAACAACUACCCCCGUCGUAACUCCCACUUUCACAACAAGUGAGAUAAAAUCUGCUGUCACCUCAGAUGGCUUAACUCCUUCUUUAUCGAUUCCAACUACUUCAACUUAUACUAAUGCGAAUGGGUUUAAUGGUGACAUAUUUGAACCAAUAUCCACCGAUCCCGUUUCAAACGUUUUUAUUCAUCAAGAUUUACCCGUUAAUAUACCUCAAUGUGUUUCGAACGACAUGCCUUUUCAAACUAAUAAGUUCUUCGUAAACCUGUUCUUAGGUGAACAAACCGAUUCUAUAUUUUCCUAUCCCUACAUUUUGAAUUAUGAUCCAGUUGGAGGUAUAUCAAUACAAUCAAGUGAUAAUUCCAAAAGAGUUUUUGGAUCUUCAAACACCAACAAUUAUCAAAUUGCUUCAUAUUUUUUUAACCCUGUCAAGUUGGGACAAGUGAUUUUCACUGCUUCUUCAUUCCAAGAACCUUUACUUUGUGUCAAUAGGAUUAGAAUGAUGUCCGCCAACAUUCAGCUUAAUCAAGGAGCUACCGAUUAUAUCGAGUUCCCAAUUGUCCAAGGAAUGGGGUUUGUUACUGGUAUAUACCAUGGAAAUCUAAUCCCACGGAUAAAAUCUAACGUUGGAAUUAAAUCAUUUGUAUUUUAUUUCAGAAACAACAAUAUUUUGAAAUACGGAAUUACUUUGAAUGAUGGAACUUCUUGGUUACUAUAUUUAACGUUACCCUCGCAAGAUUUUUCCAUUGACUUAUCCAUUCAAAAUGAAUAUGGUAUUAAUUAUAUCCAAGCUUCUAUGGCAAUUGAUAACCUUAUUAUUCAAGUAGCGCUUGAACCUUCAAAUCCGUCGCUUACCACUGUCUAUGAUAAUUCUGCUGGUCUAUAUGUUACAGAAGCAAUUCUUCUGGGAUAUUCAAAUGAAGGGGGUACAUCAGCUGAAUAUGGCUUCACUUACCUGACUAGUGGUAAAAAUAUCUUUGGGCAACCACUAGUAUUCAUUCUCCCACACAUUGAAGAGUCUUUAACUUCAACCACUGCAAGUAAAAAAACAGGAAUUUACUUAGAUUCUACUACAAAGGGCCAAUUAUCAGGUUAUUCAACAAAUUCUAUAUUUAUGACUGAAAAUUUGGAAACCAACAUUCAAUUUUUACCUUGGGUAGAUGGUUUGGAAUUACAUUAUACAGCUCAACAAUUACAAUUAAUAUCUGAAGUUGCCAACAAUGAAUUACUGGUUGAUAUAAAACAAAUGGUAGUUUCGAUUGAAUCAAAUUAUUUUGCUGGUAAACUUCUUGAUAAAUUUGCUUAUAUAUUGUUAGUUGUAAGUGAAAUCAUCGAAGAUGAAAAGCUUACACUUUCUACCUUAUCAAUUCUUAAAGCCACUUUUGAUAUAUUUAUUUCAAAUACUCAAAAUUACCCUUUAAUGUAUGAUACAAAGUUUGGUGGGAUAACUUCAACUGCAUCUCAAAAUGGGGAUGUAAAUGCAGAUUAUGGAUCUGGAUAUUAUAAUGAUCAUCAUUUCCAUUAUGGUUAUUUCAUUCAUGCAGCUGCAGUUGUUGGUUAUAUUGAUAAUAAAUGGGGUGAUGGAAAUUGGGUAAAUGAAAACAAAUGGUGGGUUAAUUCACUUAUAAGGGAUGUUGCUAAUCCAUCUUCUUUUGACAAAAAUUUCCCUGUAUUCAGAAUGUUUGAUUGGUUUUCAGGUCAUUCAUGGGCCAGUGGAUUAUUCUCAUCAUCAGAUGGUAGGAAUCAAGAAUCAUCAUCAGAAGAUUACAAUUUUGCAUAUGGAAUGAAACUUUGGGGAAGAAUUCAAGGCGAUUCAUCAAUGGAGACGAGGGGUGAUCUUAUGAUUUCUAUUAUGAAGAGGUCAAUGAGGAAGUAUUACUUGUAUACUGAUGAUAAUGAAAUAGAACCUAGUAAUUUCAUUGGAAAUAAAGUAGCAGGAAUUCUUUUCGAAAAUAAAAUUCAUUAUACUACAUAUUUUGGAAGCCCUGAUUUAAACCCGGAAUAUGUACAUGGUAUUCAUAUGUUACCAAUUACUCCAAUUUCAUCUAGAGUUAGAGAUCCAUACUUUGUUCAACAGGAAUGGGAACAACAAAUUUCAAACUUUAUUGCAAAUGUAAAGAGUGGAUGGUUAAGUAUUCUUAACUUGAAUAAAGCCCUUUAUGAUCCAAUAUCUUCAUAUGCAUUUUUUGCUCUGCCAGAUUUUUCAGGAUAUUUUCUUGAUGAUGGUCUUAGUAGAACUUGGUGCUUAGCAUUUUCAGCGGGGAUGUCUAACUUAAAGCUAUAG